AUGGCGGGGAACCCGAGGCAGUCGCUGGCGAAUGUCCUGCACGAUCGGGCGGGGCAGCGCUCUCGCCGGAGUAGCGACAACGAAACGGUUUUAGAUUCGUCCUUUUUCCUCUUCCCUCCCUCACCUCUCACUGGAUCUACAGACAGCGCACAGGGUCGGUCGCUUCCUCCUUCUCUCCCGGCUUCCCCCAAUAUCUCUGCUUCGCUUCCCCGCUUCUCUCCUUCCCUUCCUUCAUCUCUUCCUCCCCCCGUUUCUUCUUCUCUGUCUUCUCUGUCUUCUUCUCCGACGCUGCCGAGUGCUUCCUUUGUGGCUUCUGCAGGCCGCGGUUCGUGCGGCGAGAAGAAGCAAGGGAGUGACGAAGGCGAGAAAGAUGCCUGCAACUUGAACUGCGCAGGAAGCGCGAAGCGGGGGUCUCUGGCGAGUGCGAGGUCGCCGGGGACUGUCUCCUCCCUUCAAGAGAGCGACGGGCCUUCGAGCAUGGAGAAGCACGCAGACGGCGCAGGCGCGCCAUCUUUUUCCGAGUCGCGAGGGCGGCGAGCGACGGAACACGGCUCCUCGAAAGCAGGGGAGACAGCUCUGUCUUUCCCAGACCCGCCCAGCUCGCCAGGGGCGCGAUUCACAGUUUCGCGUGCGUCUUCGCCUUCGCUGGCGUCUCGCAGUCGGUCACCAGACACCCAGUUGCCUGCCCCGCGACAGUCUCUUCCUUGUUCAGCCUCUGCCUGUGGGGCUCGGGCCGCCGUCAACGACUCGCGGCUCUUUUCUUCUUCUGCUCACUCGGCGUCUUCGCCCCCUCUGUCUCCGCCUGGCGACCCAAACGGGACGCCGCUUUUGCGUCCAGCUACUGCAGAUGCGCCCUUGUCGACUUCUCUCCUUUCUCUCCCCACUUCGUUCUCCUCUUCGCUCGGCCCCGCGAUGGGUCUCUCCCGCGCCCGUGCAGUCUCGGUGCAUCCUUCGUUCCCGGCUUUCUCUCCACCUGCGUCGGCGGUCGACAGACCCCGAGGCGCCGCCCCGCCGCCGUUCUCGCCUCCGAACGCCGCGUCGGACAUCCUCUCGCCGCCUCCCGACCUCGUGCUGUCUCCGGCGUGUGAGCCUGUCCCGUCUCUCGCCAAGACGGGAGAACGCCCUGCGUCCUUUCUCCUCUCCCCGCCCAUGGUCGCGGAGAAGAGGACCGCGCGGCGCGGCUCCGUUCCCUUCUCGCCGCCCAGUGGAUGCUCAGAAGUCCUCUCGCCGCCGCCCGACCUCCUGUCGCCAUGCAGUCCCCUCCCGCCUCUGCUGAAGGAGAGCGAGAGGCCGGGCGGUCGCCUCGGCGGCCAGGCCGAGAGGACAGCGAGCGCCCGAGGGCUCUUUGAGGCGCCGCAGAACUUCGCACAGGGCCGUCCGGAGAAACCCGCGCAGUCCUUCUUCUUCCCGCCGCCGCCUUCGCCCUUUGGCGGCAACGCCUCGGUGCUGAGACUCGGCGCCUGGCUGGCAGAGCGGCCAGGCCUGGACGACGAACGCUUCACGCCGCUCCUCGAGAGCUUUCUGCUCCACUUUGACUUCCUCGCUGCAGGGAAAGAGUCCAGGCGGAUUCAACAGGACCAGCAGAUCCAGCGAGAUCUGCGCCUCGGCGAAGACGAAGAAGGCGAAGUCUCCUUCUUCCGCCCGGUGGGGAAACACGAGGAGAAGAGCGAGGCGCGCACCGGCAAGCGAGACGAAGACCAACGAAGGGGAAAAGACCAACUCGAAGAAUUCGAAACCACGCUCCUUGACAUCCUCGGCCUCCGCGGCGGAAACGGAGUCCACACCUCCGUCGACAUCCUCGUCGGACAACUCCGAGAAAAACCUCACCGCCACAAAGCAACGGGAGAGGAGGGCGAGCCCGCGGGAGGCACGACAGGGGGAAUACGAAUCGGCGAGAAGUUUUUCUUCGCCGACAAAGUUGCUCUCAAGUCUCGUCUCCGGCAAAUCCUGCAAGCGUGUGACGACGAGGAAGAAUUGCGCGGAGACGACUUCGAGCUAGUGAAGGGCGUCCUCGAGUUCCACCCGAAGGCGAAGCGCAAGAUGCAGAACCUCUCCGGGCUCUUCGUCUCUACACACCCAAAUCCGAAAUUCCGCGCAACGCGAUGCUUCUUCAUCAGGCGAACGAUUCACCCUUCCUCUUCCGUUUCCUCUGUCCCGGGGGCUGUCACCCCAGAGGGUCCAUCGAGCUCGGACAAGAAGGCGGGAGAGCGGCUGGGCGACUCGCCUGCCGAAGAUCAGAAGACGGGCGAGAGCGAAGGAGGGAUGGCGGGGGAAGAUGACCCGAGCAAAACAGAGGACCACACGGAGGUCCAAGAGGAAUGCGAGGAUUUCAGCUACGUGCGAUGCGUGGAUAAUAUGCUGGAAGAUGAUUCGCAGGCUGACCGCCUCAUAUGCCACAUUCUGAAACAGCUCGCCGAGGCGUUCCCGGGGUCUGUGGCGCAUCUGCACGAGGCGCUUCGCCGCAAUUUUCCGCCUCUGCGUUUCUCCGUCGACGCUCUCGUCGCCUACGCGAAAAACCUGUUGUGGAUUUCCCAGCAUGUUCCGCAGAUUCGAGCGUUGCUGUGGAAGCUGUUGGUGAGCAAAAUGACAAGCAUCGACGUGGAAAUCAAACUGGCAGACCCCAACUCCAUCGACCUCGAACAAAUGCAGGUUUGGAAGCGCGAGCAGCUGGCUCUUCUUGCGCGUCAACUGGAGAAGGGGGCGGUUGCCCCGAGUGUCGUUCAGAGCAUUCUGGGCGAGCCCCAGUGGUUUUGUUUGAUGUACGAGAAGGUUCGGAGCGAGGAAGACAUCGACAUUAUGGCGGCGAAGCUGGACGGCCUCAUGCGCGUCUCCUUCUCGUUUCUCCAGUGCUUCAUUCCUCAGCUGUCUGGGAAGCCGGCGCCUCCGGGGGCGUAUCGAGAGGACGACGACCACGAGAGUGUGGCGUCGCCCUCUUCCCGCUCGUCCGUCGCGGAUUACUCGCCCUGUGUCGAUGACGAGCCGAAAGAGGAAAAGAGGCAAAAGGGACCGACCGAGAAGGACCGACGGGGCGCGCCCGAGAGGCGGAGCUUUAGCGAGGACCGCAAAGACGGCAGUCUCUCUCCCUUCACCCCUCAGACUGUGAUGUCUCCCCUGGCGACGAUGUCUCCUCGCGUGGCGCUUUCGGCCUUCCCGGCAGGGCGACACGCGCCGCUCGCCCCGAGAGACCCCCGGAGUCUCCUGUCUCCGGCCAUGUCUCCGGCGCCGGCGUGGCCCCAGGACAGUCGGGCUCCGCCAGGGCUCCGCGAACGCAGUCGCGAGUCCCGGAGGGACAAGAAGCCUCUGACCGAAGCCGACGUCCUCGUCUACGAGUUGAUGGAUGUUUUCAUCGAAGUCGUGCUCCCCGUCCACAAAUGCAAAUACGUGCAGUUCCUCGUCUUCUACCUCGCAAAUCUGCGAGUCGAAUGGGCCGGGCGCCUCAUGUCGCUUCUCUUCCGCAUGCUCUUCGACAGACAGCAACACAUGCUGCUGAGACGCAUUUCGGCGGUGUACAUUUCCUCCUUUCUUUGUCGCGCUCUCCUCGUUCCCCCCCGCUUCGUCCGUCUUGCCCUCCACCACUUUCUCCAGCUGCUUCACCGCGGCUUCCUCAUGACCGGCACGCCAAACGCAGCCAGGCAACAACAAAGACUCCUUGGCCUCCUCAGAGCCCAACACCAGACAGUCUAUAACCCUGAGUCGCCGCUGGCGUUAUUUUACACGGUCUGUCAGAGUUGCUGCUACAUUUUGUGUUACCACUUGGACGCGCUCGCCAAGACGGCGCCUUCCCUGGCCUUUCUGAAGGAGCGGAACACGUCGGUGGCUGCGCUGCUGACUUCUCCGCUUCGCCCGCUGAUGCACAUCAAGCGCGGCAUUGCGCGCGAGUUCGUGGCUGCAUGCAGACGCGUGGGGACUCUGGACUCGAGCAGCGACUUCGAAAACGCGCUGAAAGAAGUACAGCUCCGAGACCCGCCGCCCCCGUCGUCCUCCGCCUACCUCUCUGGCCGUGUGUCGGGGGCAACCGGCGACGAGGAAGAAGAGAGAGACGAGAGAGAGCAGGAAAGGGAAGAAGAGAGAGAGCAGAACAGAGAAGAAGAGAGAGAAGAGAGAGAUGGGAAGAGCAUUUCGCGCGUGGAUGCAGUGGCGUCAAACGAUAUUCUCAGCGAUGUCUUGUGGCUCUUUGACCCUCUGGAUGCGUUCUUCCCGUUCGAUCGCUACUUGCUUCGCCACUCGGGGCGAUUUAUCGCGAACAAAUAUCGGGACUGGAGUGCCGUCGUGGCCUUUGUGAUGCAACGCGAGGAGGAGAAGAAAAAACGCGCAGACGGCUUGGACAGCCGAGACGCAGAAGACGCAGGGGACAUAAGCGAAGAGAGAGAGCAGAGGCGCGUCGGCCCCGUGAAGCUGUCGAUUGAGGAGGAAAGAGACGAAGCAGGCGAGAGGAGGCGACCGUCCGGGGAGGCUGCGGCCGCGCAGAAGCGCGCAGAGCGGAGGGGGGGUGAUGAAGGACAGAGGCCCGACGAGGCGAGUUUGCGCCUUCCAGAGGAAGAAAAAGAAGAGCUCGACAGCGCAGGAGUCAUGAGGUUGACUGUGGAAGACAGCACGGACUCAGACGCGGAAAAAGAGACGGAAAAGCGAGGAGAGACAGAAGGCGCUUCCGGCCUCGCUGGGGAAGAAGACAAGGCGCGCGGCGGCGCAGCGGGCACGGAAUCUGGCGAGGAAGACGGGGACGGCGGGGAAAAGGAAAACAGAGAAGAACAAGACGAGGGGAAGUCAACAUCUCCAUCACUGGUCGUGGAAAAAUCGACGCUCCACACGCCACCGAUUGUGACGCAACAGCCCCAACACAAUUUGAGUCGCGAGCUGGCCACCUCGGAAAUGGGCGCCCUACAGCAACUCGUUCAGGAUUCUCUCGGCUUCGCCAGCGCUAGCAGAGAACUGGAAGCGAAGGUGCGGCAGCGCACAGGCGGGAGCUCGGCGAGCGCAGCGGCGAAGCACAGAGAAGAAAGGAGACCGGCAUCGGUAGAUGCGCGAGCAAGGAAAGGACAAGGCGGCGAGGAAGAAACGGAGAGCGGGAAGGGAGAAGGCCGAGGGAGAGACGGAGGCGACGGUGUCUCUUCUGGGUCGCCAGAGCGCGACGCGACUGCAGAAGAGGAGAUAUAUGAAGGCGGCGAGGGAGAACGGGAAAUCGAAGAAGGAGAAGAGGAAGAAGCAGACGACGAAAGAUGCAUCGGGAACGAGAGCGACGAAGAGGGAUGGGGAGUCGGCAACUGGGACAGUCUCUCUGCUCUCUUUUCAGACGAAGAACAAGAACUGGAAGAGAAAGACUUCCAAGAAGACGGAGACGACGAGAGUGAGAGUCGGGGUGGCCGAGCCUUGCCGGCUCUUUCUUCCCAGCGAGAGGACGAAACCAUGGACGAAGCUGGCGACCGAGAGACCGCGACGCGGAGACAGCCUCGCAGCGGCCUUCAAUCGCAGCCGUCUUUCGACGCUUCGGCGAACCUGUCCCUGCAAAGCUCAAAAAACGUCGGACCGUCCCUGCGGCGCUCCAGAAGCCGAGAAGCCAAGCGCGACUUCUCCUUCCUGGCGCCGAGUGUCGCCGCCAGCAUCGCUGACCAACUGGAACUCGAGGUGGACGCCGUAGGGGACGAAGCUCUUUCCCAGUCGAACCUCUGUUUGCUCCGUCACCAGUCGUGCCUCAGCAGGGCGUCGAUGCUGGACAUUUUCUUGUCUUCUCAAGCGUACCGGCCUGCACCUGCUUCGCCUGUGGUGUCUGCGACCGUGUCUCCGUUUUUGGGCCCGAGCCAGCCGCCUCUGACGGGAUUCCCCCGGGAGAAACUGAAAGAGAGACAGCGGGAUCCGCUCGCGUCGCCUCCGACGCUCGCGAUUGCCGGGGAGCCCACAGAGCCUGCGCCGAUGAACUUUGUGCUCACGCCGUCGGCUUCCUUUCUGCCGCCGUCUCUCGCGUUCUCCAGUCCGGGUUGGACGGGCGACGAGCUCGAAAGCGACGCGAACAGGGCUGUGGUGGGAGGCCGAGAAGAGACAAGGCAGCGACGAGCGAAGGGACGGGCCGAAGCGCGCGCCACAGGCUCCAACCCCUUUUUCCGCGGUUCGCCCUCCGCGUCUUCGUCUCUGGGAGUCAUCCAGGAGAACGAGGGCGAGGCGGGGACAGACGACGCGAGCGGAGAGCAGAGCGGCGGCAGCGACAGAGAGAAGGCAGCGAGAGGACAAGGGAGGCGAAGAAGUGCUGACUCCCUCGACGAGGCCGUCAAACGGGAAGAAGAGAAAGAAGCCCGCGAAACCACGCGGCAAGAUUCAGAGGUCCCGAGACCGCGCUUGAAGCGACGGCACACCGUCGAUGCAUUCUCGGGGUUCCCCUCUCGCCCGCUUCCCGAGGUUCUGAGCGCCGCUGCACGGACGAAAUCGGACAACAGAGCGCCGGUUGAGCCGCGGGCGUCUCCUCUGAAGGCGCGGGCCUUGGAGCCGCAGCCGCCCAGAAGCUUGGGGCGUGGUCCAGGAGCCCCAGGCGAGGGAAGCGAGGGAGAGGCCGACCGCGGCGGAGACGCAGGCGACGAGGAGUGCCGGGAGCAGGAAGGAGGAAACGGGGAAGAAGAGGCGGAGACCAAAACGGGUGUUCGAGAAGAGGAGACCCAUCCGGCGGCCAAAGCGGAGAAGCCCGAAGCGGCGCUAGGAGAGAAACGCGGAAAGAACGGCAAACGGAGAAAGAAGAAAAGGGGCGAGAAGGAAAUCGCAGAGACAGGCUCGAAGCAGCGCACCCAAGACGCAGAGCGAGAGGAAGGCGAGGCGCCAGAAGGAGCAAGGCGGCAAGCGGGAGAGAAGGAGGGCAAGGCACCAAGAGCCCAGAGAAAGAAGAAGAUUCCUUCGUCACCGGCGAGUGCAGUUGAAGAGAAACUCGGCGAGUCACGUCCCUCCAUCACUAUCCUUCCGUGUCCGAGCGAAACAGACAUGGGUUCGUCUUCUUCGCCUUGUCCGUCUUCUCCGGUUUCCUCUUCGUCUUCCUCUUCGUCCCUGUCGUUGUCCCCGUCUGCUCUUUCUCCGUCUUCCCUCUUCGCCUCUUCGCGCCUCCCGACCCUUUGCGCGGCGGCUUCUGCGACAGGACCGAGAGAAGAGGGCGGACGCAAAGAAAAGGCAGUUGACGGCGAGUCGCCUCUCUCUCUGGGGUCCGAAGACCGGAGGGUGUCGCAGCUUGAUCGCGUGCUGCACACUCUGCGCGAACGGGAAGAGCAGCUGAAGGCGCAGCAGGCGGAAGUUCAGCGCACGCAGGAGGCGCUGUUGAAGAUGCUUCUCCACGAGAAGCAGAAACGCGAGGAGCGGAGAAAGAAGAAGGAGAGACGCAAACAAGAAGCCAAGACGGAUGGCGACAGCGAGGCCGAGGCGACUGCGGACUUGAGGCGCCAGUCUGAAGAGCCGUGCGUCGCUGAGCGCGGCAUGGACAAGGCGAAGAAGGCCGAAGAGAGGGAAUCUUUUCUCUCAGGCGAGCAGCUGAAAACCUCGGAUGAAAGGGCGGGGGACGCGGGGAAGAAAGAGACGAAGAGCGCGCAACGCGAUCCAGAUGGCCAAGUUCUUGCGACGUGCUCCUCGGAUCUCUCGAAGCCAGGUGCGGCGGAACAAGGAGAGCGGAAGAAGCUGAAAACGAGAGAGAGGAGAGAGGGAGAAACGGUGGAAGAAGAGGGAGAAGCAGAAGAACGGAGACGCGGGAAAAAGGGAGACCUCGCGGGACAGAGAAAAGCAGAAGAGCAGGCAGUCGUCGGCCAGGAAGAGACGAAGAAGGAACGGAGAAGGAAGGGGAGUGGAGACGCUUUGUCACCGAAGAAUGUGGAGGAAAACGCUCGGGGGGCGGAGGGUGGAAAUGGAAGGGGUGUAUCGCCAGAGACCAAACGGCGGCAGGAGAAGGAGGAGUUGAGGAGCGGGAGAAAAAAGUCCGAAGACAGGAAAGCGGAGACAGAAGCAUGUCCUCCCGCAGAAAUGCUGGAGCAAGGCGAGGCUCCAGCAGGUCGUGGUAGCCCUGUUGCGGUGGUUGGGCACGGAACAGAGAAGAAGAAGAAGAAAAAGAAGCCGAAAUGCCACGAAGAGCAGAUCGUUCCUGGAGCGGACACGGAGACAGCACCAGAAGAACCGACUGUAGAUACACCCCUGGUGAAAGCCGAGACUCUUCCUGGAACGCCCUCUGACCCGCCGACACCAGAGACUAUGACGGAGAAGAAGAAGAAGAGAAAGAAGAAAGAAAAGGUCGAGACGGCAGGGACUCCAGAGAGUGAAGACCCCGUCUCGAUCAUGAAGACAGAAGAGCUUCCCGUGGCCGUUGAAAGAACCACUUCGAAAGGGCCAGAAGAAGCCGCGGAGUCAGCGACAGGAGUCGGAGAUCAGAAAGUGGAAAGAAAGAAGAAGCCAAAGGAGAAGAAGGAAGAAGGAAAUGCUCCGUGCGGUGUGGAAAUGGAACCUUCACUGGAGGCGGAGGACCUCAACGCCGACGGUGAACAAGACGACGCAGGAGAGACAGAGCCAGGCAGUACUGUCGCUGGUGAGGGGAAGAAGAAAAAGAAGAAGAAAAAGAAGAGAGAAGCACACGAAGAUGAACAGGAAGAGGAAGGCGGAGCGAAAAAAGCGAAGCCAAAAAAACAACGCAUGCAACCGGAAGAGAUUGCCGCUGGACAGUUCGAUGACAGGAGUGAAGAGAACAGGGAAGGGAAACCGUCAACUAAGAAGGAAGCGAAAGAAGGGAAGAAUAAAGAAGAGCGAAAACAGCAGGAGAGAAAAGGCGCCGAGAUUUGUGACGGAGGGAACACAGCUGCCUCAAAAGGCAUCCAGGAGGAGCGAGGCAAGACGACACACGAUGAGAAGGAAAGCAGAGAAGAGCAAAACCAGCAAGUGGACUUCAUUGGAGCGCCUCUGCGGGGUAAGGGCGAGAGUGGGAAGGAGAAGAAAAAGAAGAAAAAAGACCGAAGAGCUGCGGAGGCAGACGAGGAAGCGAUGACGACGCAAGAACUCGCUGCAGAAGAAGUGAAAUCCGAGCCACCGGCGUUAGAAACAUGCCCGGUCUUUGAGGAGGGGGAUACACCGCGUGAGAGAGAGAAAAAGAAGAGUAAAAAGAAGAGGAAAAGACAGGAAAGAGAGACACUCUACGAAGACGAUGCAACCUCUGUGGCCGUGGACGAGAAGUCUGCCGAGACCACCGGUCCUGGAGAGGGCAGCGAAGAGAAAGAGAAGGUGAAGCAGCAGAAAAAGAAAAGAAGGCACGAAUCGAAUGCGUGA